AUGAGUACGGCCACUUUAAAUGUUGCAACUUCAACAAAUCUACUGCAACAACAACAGCCUUCAACAUCCACAGAAGAUGAAGCUUCAUCGUCAUCAUCUGCAGCAGUGACAGCCGGGAAAUCGCGUGGUCCUGAAUUUGGUGAUGAUGUUGCCUCAACGUCCACCUCACAUUUACUGCCCACAUCUCCCGCCAUUUGUCGUUACUUCCAAAAGGGAAUUUGCCGUUUUGGGUCGGUUUGUCGAUUUUCACAUGACGUUCCAGUUGGUGGUGAGGUAAUCAGUCAAUCAAAUGGCACAAAUAAUUCCUUCACCUCAACCACGACCACCACCCCGUUCAACAGUGAACGUCCCAGUACCAGCCGUCGUAACUGGGCAAAUGCCCCAGCCUUUAUACCGGCAGCAGAUCAGGCAGGUGGUGAAGUUUUAUCCGACUCCAAUGUUGUUGAUCCCAAUCACUCUUGGGCCGAUGUGGUCUUUGGACCCACAGUCCAUGCCCGCACCCGUCUGCCACCCCAUAUGGCAAGUGGUGGUUUUCAUGAAAUUGCCAGCAUUGAUGAAGAGUGUCCCUAUGAAAGUCCUUGUCCGUAUGGUAUGUUUUGUAUGUAUGCCAUACACAUGGAGCUGUGUGAAAUGUGCGACCAAUUUUGCCUCCAUCCAAGCGAUGAAGAUCAGCGAAAGAAACAUAAAAAGGAGUGUUUGCAACAACAUGAACAGGCAAUGGAGCUUUCGUUUGCCAUAGCUCGAUCCAAAGAUAAGACAUGUGGUAUAUGUUUCGAUACAAUUAUGGAAAAGGCUGGAAGGGAGAAACGUUUCGGUAUCCUACCCAAUUGUAAUCAUAUCUUUUGCCUAGAAUGUAUACGUAAAUGGCGUCAGGCCAAACAAUUUGAACAUAAAAUAACCAGAUCCUGCCCCGAAUGUCGUGUAUCCUCAGAUUUUGUUUGUCCCAGUGCCUUUUGGGUUGAGACCAAAGAGGAAAAAGAUAAACUCUUGGGAGAUUAUCGAAAAGCUCUUGGUAUCAAAGACUGCAAGUACUUUAAAAAGGGUGAUGGCAAAUGUCCAUUUGGCAAUAAAUGCUUUUACAAACAUGCCUUGCCCAAUGGUGAAUUGGUCGAUGUUGGCUGUCCCAAAAAAGCUCGUAAAAUUCAUCGCAGUAAUAAUGAAAUUAUAAAUUUACUUGAUAUCUAUCUGUAUGAAUUUCUUGAACAGCGUAAUUUGAAUUUCCUUGAUUUUUUUGAAAGUACAGGUGAUGAAGGCGAAGAUUCAUCUGAUGAUGAGGAUUAAAAAUACAAAAUCUAAAAAAAAAAA